AUACUUUAAUUUUUUUUUUUUUUUUUUUGGUAUUUCGUUUUUGAUUCUGAAAAUCCAGAAGGAAUUACGGAAGUUUCUAGGGUUUCUGGGUUUCCCGUAAUGAACGAUCAAUCGCAAAUGAUGAUCAGCCAGGCGCAAAUGAUGAAUCAGCCUCAGAUUUUGAACCAGAAUCCACAGGUUUUGGUUCCACCGCAGCCGAUGAACCAGCCUCCGCCGCAGGUGUUGAACCCGGUUCAGUCUCAAUCUCAGUCGCAGAUGAUGAGUCAUGGUGGAGCAAUUAGCCAGCAGCCGAUGAUGAUGAUGAGUCAAAGAAGCUACAAGCCAUGGCAGCCGCAGCAGCAGCAACAGUCUUCAAUGGAUCCAAACAAGAAGUUUCAGAAUCAACUAAACCCUUUGAAGUUCAAUAAUAAUAUUAAUAAUAACUUUGUACCAUCAAAGCCUAGAAGCAACAAGAACUGGAAGGGCAAAAAUGUCAACAACAAAGACCAGAGAAGAAUGGAAAAGCCUAUUCCUAAUCCCAACAUUACCAACCCUGCCUUGGCUCUUGGCGGUCCUAGCGGUGCCGGAGGCUAUAAGCCUCCAAGUCUUAAUGAACUCCAAAGCCAAAACCGUAUGAAAGCUCGAAAAUACUAUCACCCUAAGAAAAAGUUCAACAACCGGUUUGCUCCUUAUGCGCCUAGAAACACCACAUCUUUCAUAAUUCGUGCGAAAAAAUCUGGUGGAAUUGCUUCAUUAGUGUCUCCUUGUCCUGUGACUCCAGCUGUAUUGCCCACUCCAAUAUUCUCGCCUUCUAGGGAGGUGUUAGGUGACAUGGCAAAGGAAGAAUGGGGUGUUGAUGGUUAUGGAUCUAUGAAGGGUUUGAUAAGAUUAAGAUCGCCUGGAAAUGAAGCUGAGGCGGUUCAUGAUGAUGAUGAGGAAGAGGAGGGAAAUGGUUCGAGUGAGAGUGAUGUUGAAGAGCAUGUGGAGGUGGAGAGGAGAUUGGAUCAUGAUUUAAGUAGGUUUGAGAUGAUAUACCCUACUUAUGGAGGUGUUGGUGUGGAUUAUAGUUUUAAUAAUGUUUUGGAGAAUAGAGUGGAUGAUCAGGAUACCCAUAUAGCUCAAUUAGAGGAAGAGAAUUUAACUUUGAAGGAGAGGUUGUUUUUGAUGGAGAGAGAACUGGGGGAUUUGAGGAGGAGAUUGCAAUUCUUGGAGAGGCAGCAAGGUGGUCAUGGUAGUAGUGCUAUGGCUGUGGAAGAUGUUAAUGAAGGGGUUGUGGAAAAUGUCUCUGAGAAUGAUGAAAAUGAGAAUGAGAGUGAUGGCCGAUUAGAUAUCGGUGCUACUGCGGAUGAGAAUCAUGUGGAGGUGGAUUAUGCUGGUGGAAACGGAGAGGCUAACAAUUGUGCUAAGGAGAGCCAUGAUGUUUGUAUGGAAGAGGUUGCGCCUAAUCAUGGAGAACUGAAGGAUGUGGACGAGAUAAAAAAUGGAGCGAGUGAGAUUGUAGUUAAAGAUAAACUGGUUGUGAAAGAGGAUGAAGCAAAGGGUGAAGAGAGGAAUGUAGUUGUGGAAAAAGUGGUUGCACAAUACGAGUUGUCCAAGGAUGAUGGUUUUGGGAAUGAGAUUGUGCAGGACAGAGUGCCUGCAGAGAAGGAUGACCACGAGGAUGAUGAGUCUAACAUAGAGAAGAGCAUUGGCGGCGGUGACUAGUGUAAUUGUCCCGCGUUAAUCUUACAUUUUGGAAAUUGAACAACUUAUUAGGGAACAUAGUUUGAAUGUUGUUAGAGGGUGGAGGCAGCGUUAUACAAUUUAUACAAUUGUGAAAUAGGUAAAGCGACUGCUUAAAAUGGAUUUUGUAUCUGUAAUUUCAAUGCCUUGAAUAAUGUUUUUCCAUGCAUCAUUAUUCAUCCAAGAUUGCAGUAUUCUAUAGAAAUUAAUAGGCAGUAUAAAAGUCCUUUCUAUUUCUCUUCUGCGGAUUUAAUAGUGGUACAGUGUAAAGCUUACAAACUGAUUGACCCUAAUAAUUAAUUCUAACAAAUGGAAGGAAAUUGACUUGUAAAACUAAUGCUAUUAUGCACUGUAUGUUUCUUCUAUUGAAAUUAACCUCACUUCAUAUUGCAACGUUUGAUACAUCAAAAGAAUUCAUAUUGCAAAGUUUGAUACAUCAAAAAAAAUUGUUCUGCUGAGCAGUUUUGUAGUUUAUGCCUCUGUUGAGUACUAUAUUACUUUGACUUGUAUAUUGAUCAUUUUGUAUUUAUUCUAUUGAAAUAUAAGCUGACUUUUAUGGUGAUAUUUUAAUGUAUGGAAAAAAAAAAAAAAGAAGAAGAAAAGAAAAAUUUACACGGAUACACAAUUUUGUGGUUUAUGCCUCUUUUGUGUACUGCAUUACUUUGACUGGUUCCUUUGCUGCUUGGACUUGGUAGUUUCUUGGAGUCCUUUGUUCAACAGGCUCAACAUCAGCAGGGAUGCUGAAUCUGGUAUGACAUUAGCGAAAGCAAAAUGUUUUAGGACAUGGUAAUUCUUUUUAGAAGGUAGAGAGUUCAGAAAAAAGAAAUUUAGAAUAUGAAGGUUCUUUUUUUAUUGGUUAUUCCUCAACUGAUCUUGAUUUAUAUUGCUGAUUUUGAUUUGGACAAGGAGAUGAAUGAGAUCAAAGCAUUAUUUUUCUGUUAAUGUUUCAUGUGGAAGCAUGGGGUUAAUUGGAAAAAGGAAACAUGGUAAGUUGUCUGGUUUCUCUCUCCUCCUCUUGAUUGAUUAUUAUUUUAGUGUUUUGGGAUAAACUCAUUUCAGAAAGAAAUUUAAAAAUCACUUCUCCUAAAAAAUUUUAUAAAUAGUUAUUUCAAAGCAACUUUUUUGCUUCUUGUGAUUAGAGUUGCAAAUCCUUCUUAGGUUAUUAUUGUUGAUUGGAAAAAAUGUUGAGAUUUUAGAAAUCUUGUUCCUUGCUCCUCUGUUUCUAAGUUUCUCUUUCUGCUGGUUUUGACAUUUUGUGCAUUUGACUGGUGAGGUUCCAGAACUUGCCGCUAUUUCUUUACUGGACAUGUUAAUAACAGUUUUUUUCUCCCUUCUUGCACUUGGAACCUUAUUUGCACUCUUGAAGUCUUUAAAAUACCAGUUUUCAUCCUUUUCCACCUUCUAAGAUAUAUAUUACUUAUAUUCUAUGUAAUUCUAUUUGUUAUAAUUUUGCACCUCUUAAUGCUAGCUAUAUUGCAUAUAAUGCAUUCUUGCACCUUGUGUCCUACUAUGAGACCUGUUUUAUGAGGUUCUUUGCCUAGACCUGAUUUUGGACAAGGAACAUAGGAUAUCAUAGAGUAUAUAAUUUUACUGCUAUACCUGCUGGCUAAUUUCAGAUGGUUUGGAUUAAUGAUACAAGAAUGCAAGGGAGCUAUCCAGUUUUGAUCAGGCAGAUAAUAUGUGUUUGUAUGUACUUAACAUAUGCUUUUCUUUUCUUGUUAUCAAGCUUAUAAAAUUUGGAGAAAUGUGGUACUAAGAUCUGCAGGUAAUUGUUGUUGUUGCUCUCCCAAUGGUAUGUGUUUAAUUGUAUUUGUAGUUGGGAAAUCCAAGAUCUUUUUGUUCAUAUCUGCUUUAGGUGAACUUUGAAAACUUGGAAGGAAACAAAAAUUGUUGAGCUUGAAAUAAGAGUUCACUUGCUAUCAAGCUCAUUAAAGUUCUAUA